AUGACCGACCACGGUUCCGCCACCUGGGAGGGAUGGUAUUGCGUCUCCGUCGUCUUCCUCAUGUUCGUUUUGCUUCUUAAAAACGUCGCCGGUCCGGAUGUACUCAUGCUCGGCGCGCUCGCUUUAGAGCUCGCCGCCGGCAUCGUCCCCAUCGAGAGCGGCUUGAAAGGAUUCUCCAACAAAGGUUUACUCACCGUGGCGUGUUUAUUCGUCGUCGCGAGUGGGAUAUCAAACACCGGCGCGUUGGAUUAUUACAUGGGGAAGCUGUUAGGGACGCCUAAGUCAGUCGCAGACGCGCAAUUGAGGUUGAUGAUGCCCAUUGCCAUCGUUUCCGCGUUCUUGAACAACACCCCGGUGGUGGCGAUUAUGAUUCCAAUCGUCCAAAAAUGGUGCCGAAAGUGUAAGAUUUCGCCGGCGCAGCUCUUCAUCCCACUCUCGUUUUCAUCAAUCUUAGGUGGGACGUGCACUUUAAUAGGAACGAGCACGAAUUUAGUCGUCGACGGGAUGAGAAAAGAACGAUAUCCGGAGGAAAAAGCGAUUGGAUUGUUCGAGUUGAGUAAAUACGGAGUGCCGGUGUUGUUGAGCGGAUUGUGUUACAUGCUCGUGGCGAGUCCAUUUUUAUUACCGGGCGGGAAGAAAGAGAAUAAAGAAGAUUCUGGGAACGGCAACGGAGAUAUGAACGAUUCAGAAGAUUUAACGGUUGGUGCGGUGGUACCGAGAGGAAGUCCGGUGGUGGAUUCACCCGUGGCUAUUUUGAGAGGAUUGAACGGUUUGUAUUUAGUGAGCGUGCAGAGAGGCGACGUGGUGAUGCGCGCGGUGCAACCGGAGUUUCUCUUGGAAGCUGGCGACGUUCUGAUUUUUACCGGGUUAGUGGAUAAAAUCGGCGAAGUGUGCGAAGAGCACGGGUUGGUGCCGCUGACGCACGACGUGGAGGAGAAGAUGGUUGGAGGCGCGUUUCCGGAAAGCGUAUCGAUCGGAGGGAGUCAAGGAAAUAGUUUAGAUCCGAGUCCGAAAUGGGCCGGCCCGGGGGAUCCGUUUAGUAGUAGCAGUGAUGGUGGUAAUAAAGAGUUCGCGAAAGGCGGCGGCGCGAAAAAGGACUCGAGCAGAGUGAACACGCCGACGUCGCAGCAAGGAGGCUCGCCUAGGUUCCAAGACGAUUCGUCCAUCGUCGGUCUAGGGUACGAGCAUCGUAAACGCGAAACGGAACUGCAACGAAGAGCGUCCGUGGACGUGCAUAAUUACGAAAAGUUGUUGCGGAAGUUUACCGACGACGGUAACGAGAACAACUAUAACAACAACAGCAAUAGCGCGGCGAACGGUGAUGACGAACAAUCUAUGUUGCGAAAACAGUCGCACGAAUACAUCGAUAACCGACAACAAUCGUUGGCGGUAAAAAAGCAUUUCGUUCUGCGGGCGAGAAUAGGGGCGAAAUCGACAUUAAUCGACAUGUCCCCUCGAGAAGUGCUGUUUCGAAGGAAAUACAAAGCGUCCAUCAUGGCGGUGCAAAGAGCCGGAAGCACGAGCACGUCCUCGAAUGUAGCUGAAAACAGGUUAGGCAAAAUUAUCUUUCAACACAACGACGUUCUGGUUUUACACGCGGCGGAAGAUUCGCCGCUGUUGGAACAAAAGAGAGAACGAGAGGAGGCGAAAGUAGAACGCGAAAAAGUUCAACAAGAAACGAAAAAGAGUCGAUUGGCGCAGAGCAAUUCUUCGCCGGGUGGUAUUUUCCGAAGCGCGUCAAAGGGCGAUUUGAGCGGAAGCGAUAUGAAACCGCCAAGCAGAUCGCAGUCGAAGAGUAAUUUAGACACGAGCUUCACCAACUUGAGCGACGUGGAGGGAUUUGAAAACACGUCGGAGUUUACCUGCGGGGACGACUUGGAAGUUUUAUUGGCGGAUGCGCAGGAUUUGAAUUUUAGCGAGUUUGCGAUUCCCAUGCGCGUGGUCGCCGGAGGCGCUUUAGACGGGAAAACCAUUAGAGGCGUUGAUUUGGUCAACACACCGGGUCUGUUUCUCACGGCUAUGCAAGAAGGUGGGGCGAAAGGUGUCACGAAAACUGUCGAUCCUGAAACCGUUUUGCGCGGCGAAGACGUUUUGUGGUUUGCCGGGGACAUGAGCGGCAUGCAAACGCUUCGACGCAUCCCGGGCAUGGUGCCGCAAGACGACCAAGUCGCGAAAUUGUCCAUUCGUAAAACCGAUCGACGACUCGUGCAAGCUGUCGUCUCGCAACACUCGAUUUUGGAAGGACAGUCAGUCAGAGACGCGCAUUUCCGAACCAGAUACGAUGCGGUGAUCAUCGCCGUGCAGCGAUCUGGCGGUAGAAUUCAAGCGCGUAUCGGCGACAUCGUUUUACAAGCCGGAGACGUUUUGUUGUUGGACACUUCGACGUCGUUUUUAUCGAACCAUAAACGCGACGCUGCAUUUGCAUUAGUUUCUGAGAUUGAAGACUCUGCACCGCCGCAGUUUGACAAGUUAUUGCCAUCUCUGGGUACCGCGGUUGUCAUGAUUGCCGUCUUUGUCGCCGGCGCGCUCGAUUUGUUCGUCGCCGCGUUGUUAGCUUCUGGCGUCAUGUUAGCGACUGGAUGUUUGACGCAAGAAGCCGCGAGGGCUGCGGUGAAAUGGGAAGUCAUCGUUACCAUUGCAGCCGCUUUUGGUAUAUCUGCGGCUAUGGAACAAUCCGGCGUCGCCACUGCCAUCGCGCAAAAUUUAGUCGCCGCCGGCAACGCUUUGGGCACCGGCAAACCCGGUAUUUUAGUCGCCGUAUACCUCGCCACGGUUGUUCUGUGUAACAUUGUCGGUAACAACGCCGCUGCGGCGUUGAUGUAUCCCAUCGCCGCUGAGUCUGCCGAACAGCAAGGCAUCCCAAACGCACAAAUGAGUUUUCUAUUAAUGCUCGCCGCGUCGGCAUCGUUCAUGUCGCCGUUUGGAUACCAGACGAACUUGAUGGUGUACGGCCCUGGCGGGUACGUGUUUGCAAACUUUUUAAAGUUUGGCGGUCCGAUGCAAAUAGUGCAAAUGAUCGUUUCCGUGGCGGUGGUUUUGUUAGACGACAGAUGGUGGAUUGGAUGGAUCGUAGGUUUUGGCAGCGUUUUCGCGGUGUUUGCUUCAAGAAAACUUGUGCCUAUGAUUAUAGAAAAAGUGAAAGGAGGAAGGAACGAUGCGUCGAGCGAGGAGGAUAAAUUAGACAACGCGCUUUAG